UCCUCUAGGGAGAUAAUGGCCCACAACGCGGGAGUCUCGCGAGGGCGAGAACGGCAGCAGGAAGCUGGGUGCCCUCCACCCACGUGCGCACUGUCCUGGCCUGCGCCGCAGUGCUCGCCCAGGAGGGCGGAGUCAUGGUCACGUCCCGGAAGUGACGCGGUGGCCCGUGCGUGCGGCGGCUGCGUCGGGCUGCAGGAGAAGAUGGCGGUCUCCACAGGAGUUAAAGUUCCUCGUAAUUUUCGCUUGUUGGAAGAACUUGAAGAAGGACAAAAAGGAGUAGGUGAUGGUACGGUUAGCUGGGGCCUCGAAGAUGACGAAGACAUGACACUUACAAGGUGGACAGGCAUGAUUAUUGGGCCACCAAGGACGAACUAUGAGAACAGGAUAUAUAGCCUGAAAGUAGAAUGUGGACCUAAAUACCCAGAAGCUCCUCCGUCAGUUAGAUUUGUAACAAAAAUUAAUAUGAAUGGGAUAAAUAAUUCCAGUGGAAUGGUGGAUGCACGAAGCAUACCAGUAUUAGCAAAAUGGCAAAAUUCAUAUAGCAUUAAAGUUGUACUUCAGGAGCUAAGACGUCUAAUGAUGUCCAAAGAAAAUAUGAAGCUUCCACAGCCACCAGAAGGACAAACAUACAACAAUUAAUUUUAGUGGAUCUCAAACUUGUCUUAAAUCAACAACCUUCUACUCAUAUUAAUGUCUUGAUUAAAUAUCACAAUGCAAAAUACCCACACAUUCAGUAAAGAAUUCCAGCUGGUAUACGUGACCUGGACAUUUGUAAGAAUAUAUUUAAUAUAUGUACACCCAUUAUGUUUUCAGGUAACAGGAGGAAAAAUGCAGCACAAUUUUUCUUUCUCUUGUUGAGGCACUGUCAUUUAAACAUAGACCUGGAGUGCUCCAAGUAGGAUUCGGGUUUACAAGACGCGAGCAUGGCGAGACGUGUCAAAUGGCAGUGGAAACAGGUGUUUCUGAAAAGUAAAAAUCCCAAGAAGGACAAACAGAAAUGGCAUGCUUUAUCCAUCUUGCUUAGUGAAAGCUGCAGUGGAAAUUUUUUAAGUAGCAGGUACAGUGAAUAUUGUCACAAAUUGUGUUAAAUUUUGAAGCGGUGUGGGUGCUGACUACUAGUAGUAUAAAAAUAUGUUCAGGAUUGUUUUGAUACCUGUAUUUAUAAUAAAAAAAAUGUCGGGGAGUGGCCGAUGAAUUUCUGCUAAAAGCUGUUCCUGUGUGUUACAUGUAACAGACAUGGUAAAUAUUUGUUUACAGUCUUUGUUUAACAAACCAUGCAUUUAAGUUUAAGUGAAGUCAACAAAAAAGAAAAUAGGUGUAUGGAUAUGUGAUUUUGAGAUUAAAAUUAGUCCUAAAAUGUAAAUAAAAUGUGGAACGUGUCCUCAGA